UUCGGGGCGUAUUUAUAACGUUACCGGGAAUUUGAAUCUAUUUUUAGAUCUAAUUUGCGACUCCGCUAACUAAUUUCUACAUUGGAUCAUGUUGCAGUUACAAUAGCAUUUGCUACAACAAACACUUUUGUACUUUGGACUUCGUAAUUGCUUUAAUGUAGGUAGGCCUAUACCACGUAGCUAUCAGAAAAGAACGAGCCUAUUAAGAACAGUGGACAAACACGCAAGACCUAAUUCAACUAUGUCUGAUUCAUCCGAGGACGAAUAUACAAAGUUGAGCGCUGAUUCCAUCUCGGAAACGAGUCGCAUCGAAGUAGUCAAAGAUCUAAGCGACUACGUCAGUGAACAGACACACAACGAAGAUCGGAAAAAGUCCAAAACUGUUGCUCUAUUUGGAGGGUUCUUUAGUCUUGGAUUGAUUAUAGGUGUAGUUGGACCAACACUUCCUGAUUUGUUGCAUCAAGUGAACGCUAACUAUGACCGGCUAUCCUACAUUUUCCUCAGUCGUGGCUUUGGAUAUAUGAUUGGAUCAAUAAUCUCCGGUGCAGUACUUGAACGCUUUAACGCAUUUGGGCUAUUGGGGACGUUCCUGGUGACGUGUUCCAUGGGAAUGAUGUGCGUUCCAGCGACGAAGAAACUUAGCACUAUCAUGUUCGCGUUCAUUUUGACCGGCACUGCAAUGGGAGGCCUUGAUACAGGAGGUAAUGUGUUAUGCCUGAGAAUUUGGGGUGAAAGUUCACCGCCUUACAUGCAAUCCCUCCACUUCACAUUUGCGGUAGGGGCCACUGUUGCGCCUCUCAUUGCCAAACCUUUCAUCAGUGUAUUUGCCGAUGCUAAUGAACUAGACGAAUAUACUCUGUACACCACGGACAUGGUUUUUAGCACGGUUAAGGAAAGAGAAAUCACCGAAUUGAAGCCUCCGAAUUAUGUUACUCACAAGACACAGUUCGAAGAAUCAAACACUACAGUCAAAACUCCAAACAUCACUGACUUUCCUCUUAUGUUGUGUUCAAAUAAUGGAACUUGUGCUCCGAAGACAGAAACCGUCGACGUCAUACGUUCUCGCACCGAUCACCUAACACCUUCUGAGCAUAAUGUGACCAGCGCUGGUGGGAGUAGGCAUACUACAGUUGACAUGCCUCAAGGGACUGGACAAGCUAUUACAAAAAUAGAGGACGGCCUUAGCCCUGGAGACAUAUUAAUCCCAGGAAAUAUAUACAUAGUGUACGCAAUCAUUGCAGGAAUAACUCUUCUCAAUGCUUUUGUAUUCUACUAUUUCUGCGUCACUAGUGAGUUCAAAUGCAGGCGACCUAGUAAUCAUUCACCAGCGGAUGACGCAACGGACGAAGCAACAGAUAAAUGGUUUCGCAUCCACAUGUUAAUUAUUUUGUUUGUUUUUUACUUUCUUUACGUUGGCGGUGAAGUGGCAUUUGGUAGCUACAUAUAUUCCUACGCAAUCAAUUGUGAUUUGAAACUCAGUAAAGAUAGUGCAUCACUUCUCAAUUCUCUCUUUUGGGGUACCUUCGCUAUAUUUCGUGGAUUAGCAAUUAUUUUAGCUUAUUUCUUUACGCCUCUGCAAAUGCUGUUGGCAGACGUAGUCCUCUGUAUAGGAGCAUCCGUUAUCUUAGCGGUUUUUGCAAACACCAGUCAGAUCGGUAUCUGGCUUGGCACGGCUCUGCUUGGAGCUGGCAUGGCGUCGCUUUUUCCAACUGGUUUAUCGUGGCUUGAACGCUAUAUACGAGUGACCGGAAAUGAUGCUGCUAUCCUAGUUGUCGGCGCGUCAUUUGGUGAAAUGCUCAUCCCGUUCUUUAUAGGACAGUACUUCCCCGAUGAUGAUGGUACCAGUGGAGAUGACAGUGAAAACAUUGAUGCUCUUAUGUACUUGAUGCUAUUCAUUGCAUGUCUUACAUUUGCCCUAUUUGUGAUAGCUUAUAAACUUGCUUCACGUAAGGGGGAUCGUUACAGUAAGAAUGCCGAAGACACGCGGUGUGAUACACAGAUGUCUUCAGUAUAGUGCUUGAAUUACAGUUUUUGUCUUUCAAUACACUUUUUUUUUUUUUAUAAGAACACAUUUUAUAAGAACACCGAGGCUGAAAUUGCUUAAAAAUUAAGAACAAAAUAAGAACAAAUUGAGGCAGAGGUAAAAUGUCCAAUGAUAUUUU